AAAGCAGGGGCUGGGAGCUGUCUGGCUGGUGACAAGGGCAGAGAGAGAGAGAGAGAGGUGGGAGAUGGAGAGAGAAGGCGGGUAUUCCUACUCUGUGCUGUUCUGCGUAGGUUCGACCUUCCACCAGAGAGAUCCAAAAGAUUCACAAUGCGUGACUCAUCUGAACCUUUAGCAUGAGAUGGACCUGGAUGUGAUCGAACUGGCAUGUCUCCUUCAUUGACAUCCCAUGCUGCUUGACGCACUGAUCACUGGAGACGUGAUGGAUAGACUGUGUGUGGACACUGGGAUUUCUCUCUGCGUGCUUGCCGUAACCAUUUCCAGCGAUCCAUGUGUCAUGUAGACUGACUCUUCACAGUAAGCGUCUACUCCGCACACGAUGUGCCUUGAUCUGAGGGUAACAGCGUUGCAUGUCUACCAGAUAUAGUAAUAUUACUGUCGGUUGUCCUUGACGGAUUUUCUUUCACUCGCAUUGUCGUUUUGCCUUCGAAGCUGCCUCUUGUUGAAUGUAGUCAAUGAAAGCAGGAGCAUGCUUUCAUGCAGGUGCGGAGAGGUGGGCAUACGUCUGCAUGCUUAAUAUAGGUGUGAGAGGACUACAGAACAGCAAUACGAAGAGAACGUAAUGGAACUUGAGGUAUGUUUAAAAGAGCACAAAGGAGACUAGCCGAAAUUUGGGGGGUUACAGUUCAGCACUUAUCUUUUGACAUGAAUUUCUUUGGCUGACUGAUGGAUCUGCGCUAGACGCCAUUGAACGACUAAAGACCAAUUUUCAAUUUCUGCUCUCGAUCCGUUAAGGGAAUUCUGGACCACAUGAACCGAACCGGCCCAUCUCAGUCAAAAACCACCUACCUUAUCUCCCUUACCCUGGUAAAGGUAGAGACCACUGAGGAGCAUGAGCUGGAGAACACCAGGCAAACUGUGGAGGGAGAGGUGCACGACGCCGGUGGAACGAAACAUCUCCAACAUGCUGGAUCCGACAAUGAGGAGCAACAGAAAAUGGGUGAGGCUUUGCAGCUGGAGGCUGGAGAAUCUAUCAAAAUCUCAGCGGAACAGGAUAUACUCCAAAGCCCAAGGGAGGACAAAGCACUUUUUACAGAUGGCGUUCACCCUGGCGAUAGGCAAAAAUCAAUAAUCUCACCCAAUGCAGAAAACGAACGGGCCAGAGAAUCCACUGGAAUCACUCAAUCUUACGUUUCGCGAGAUGUCCCCAGGCAUUUCUGCGACGUCCCGGUUCGUGCGACCCAGCGUCCGGUCUCUCUCCUUAAAGCUCACGGCAGUGGCCGUGAAUUGAAAGAGUCCAGAGAGAGCAUCCAUGCCUCUUCCAAAAGCCUUGAUCGUAAGGACAGCCGGAACAGGAUCCAGUCCCCAAACAGCCCCACUCCCGGGUCGUUUCGGGCAUCUUGGGCCGUAAGUGAGGUGAAACCCUGUGAUGAAGACCUCAAAGGGGUUGUGAUGAAAAGGCCCACUGAAAGAGAUAUAAUAGCCAUGCGAACACAGAGCCCUCGAGCAGAGAGAUUAAAGGCAGGAUCUACGUCCCUGCCCACCCCGAUCGCAUUGAUAUCCAAGCCUCAACGCAAAGGGAAGAGUCGAACCUUGGACAACAGUGACCUGAACUGCCUCUCCGAGGACCUCUUGAAGAGCAAAGGUGGCCAAAUGACAUCCGACUUUAGGACAGCUCAGUCCCAGGGGGCUUCGGCACGUGACCGAAAGAUGCUGAGAUUUAUUAGUGGCAUUUUUACAAAGAGCACUCCAGUUGCGACCAGUGCCACCAUUGUGACCCCAAUCUAUAGCUCCAUACAGAGAGAAUCCAGUGAGGAAGAAGCAUCAUGCAACAACAGCCAGGAAUGGACCCUGAACCGCUCUGUUCCCGAGCUGAGAUUGGGGGUUCUGGGUAACAUUCGCAGUGGAAAAACAGCACUGGUGAACCGAUUCAUCACAGGAAGUUACCUUCCACUUGAAUCACAUGAGGGUGGAAGAUAUAAAAAAGAGGUGUUGGUGGAGGGACAAAGUCAUUUAUUGCUGAUUCGAGAGGAAUCGGGCCCUCCGAGUGCACAGUUCUGCAACUGGCUGGAUGGUGUCAUCAUGGUUUUCAGCCUGGAAAAUGAAGGCAGUUUCCAAGAUGUCUACAAGAACUACAGUGAGCUAAGCAUGCACCGUAACAUAGCAGAAAUCCCCAUUAUAGCGGUUGGAACGCAAGAUAAGAUUAGUAGUACUAACGCCCGUGUGAUCGAGGACAAACGCGUGCAACAGCUCUGUAUAGAUAUCCGGCGCUGUACCUAUUAUGAGACCUGUGCCACCUAUGGACUUAACGUGGAUCGAGUAUUUAAUGAAAUGACCCAGAAGAUCGCUGCUGCCAAGAAACAAGCUGCACUCCUGGCCUCCUGUAAAUCUCUCCCCAACUCCCCGAGUCAUUCAGGAGCGUCCACUCCGCUGUCAGGGCCCGGACAGGCCAGUAAUGGGGGUCAGAGUAGUGAUUACCCCUCCUCUUUGCCUUCUACCCCUGUGAUAACUCACAAAGAUAUUCGGGGUGGGGCAAGUGGAGACGGGGGCUCUCAACGAAAUCCGCCCCGGCGACGGACCUCUUUAUUUGCGAACCGUCGUGGCAGUGACUCUGAAAAAAGAUCUUCUGAUAGCAGAGGUGACAUGAGCAGAUCUGUUCCUAUCAAACAGGGGACUUUGUGGAAACGUAGCGAGCGCUCUUUAAACAAGGAGUGGAAGAAGAAGUAUGCGACUCUGUCGAACAGCGGCAUGCUGACGUAUCAUUCAAACAUAAAUGAAUAUAUGCAGAACGCUCAAGGAAAAGAAAUCGCCUUGUUGCGGGUCACAGUAAAGGUGCCGGGCAAACGCCUGCAUCGCGCUGCAACCCCCAGUGGGCCGUCUCCCGGUCCUGUUCUCGUUCCAGUACCCGGUGUUAAUGGACUUAGUAAAGACAAGCAGCCUGAAGGGGGCGCUACUUCAAAUCUUCUGACUGUAGAAGAGGCAGCAAGAACCGGUUUGUCAUUUCAUAAUGACCAGAAAGUGAAGCGUUGCCCAUCGUCUGUGUCUAAUAAAGGGUUCAGUAUGGACUCCAGCACUGAGGGGGCUACAAGUCCACCCUUAGGAAAAGACCACAUGCCUUCUUCUCCGAUGACUGACAGGAAGAAGAAAAAACGAAACAGAAGUAUUAACCUUAAAGGAGACGCAGCGGCCGGGCAGGCUGAAGCCAAGCGCAAAAUGUGGAAAUUAAAAAGCUUUGGUAGCUUGAGAAACAUUAACAAAACAGAAGAGGAAAGUGCGGACUUUAUCAUCAUAUCCAGUACAGGACAGAGCUGGCACUUUGAAGCCCAGAAUCAGGAGGAUCGAGAUGCCUGGGUUCAGGCUAUUGAAAGCCAAAUCUUGGCAAGCCUUCAGAGUUGUGAGAGCCGAAAUAAGGGGGCGCUACAGAGCCCUACAGCCACUUCCAUGUUCCAGUGUUUGCCCGGUCCUAAUGGCCGACAACUUUGA